AUGAAUGAACCUUGGCUUCGAGAUGGAGAAAGAAAGUGCCAAAAUGGACCUCAACAGCAAGGUGUGUAUAAUAUUAUUGUUAGUAAUCUCAUGCUAGAUAAUGUUAAACAAUGGAAUAUGGAAUUAUUACGUGAUUUGUUUGAUUAUACAACAAUUGAAGAUAUUAUUCAAGUCCCGUUGGUGGAAGAAGUAACGGAAGAUAGAUUGGUAUGGAAAGAGGAGGAGAAUGGUUGCUAUAGUGUGAGAUCGGGGUAUCGUAUGUGGAGGAAUAUGCGGGGGAAAAGUGGUAAUUCGGAGGUGCCGAGAAUUUGGAGUAACGUUUGGGGCAUUAAGGCUCCUCCCAGAGUAAAACACCUUAUAUGGAGAAUUUGUCACGAUUGUCUUCCAACUAGAUCCCGUCUUCGUCAGCAUCAUGUUCAGUGUCCAGAUGUAAAGUCGUUUUUUGGUGACAUUUGCGAUAAAGAGGAUAGCAAUAUUGUCGGUAGAGUUGCAGUGAUGAUGGAUGUUAUAUGGAGAAAUAUAAAUGAUUUUAUUUGGAACGAUGAGAAGGAGGAGGCUUCAAAGCUUGGUUGGUUGGGUUUCCACAAGUGGCAGGAAUGGUUUGAAGCGCAAAAGCAUGUAGGUGUUGAUUCCGGGCAGCAUCACGAAAUUCAUUGGAUUCCUCCGCUUUCGGGUCAGAAUAAGUGUAAUGUGGACGCGGGUUUUAACAAUAUUUGUGGGACAUCAAACCGGGGUUGGUGUUUUCGGAAUAGCUCGGGUGAUUUUCUAGUUGCAGGAGUGGCGUGGGAUCCGGGGAAGCUUUCGAUCAUUGAAGCAGAAGCUAUAGCCCUUAAAGAGGCUAUUCAACAAGCAAUAACUAUGAACAUGGACCAAGUUAUUUUUGAGAGCGAUUCUCUUCGGGUGGUGCAAGCUGUUAAGGCCAAAAUCACAGGAGUGUCGGAGCUUUCUACUAUUAUUAAGCUUAUCCAGUCGCUUUUAGAUAAUUAUCCAAACUUUGAGGUUGGUUUUGUAAUGCGUCAAGUGAAUAUAGUUGCCCAUUGGUUAGUGAAGGCGGCCAAUUCUUGGGCUAGACGUAGUUGUUAG